AUGGCUGAAAUUGUUGCCGCCGUCGGCAUCGUCGCCAAUUUUACAGGAGUCAUUGGCGCCGGGCUGGCCCUGUCGCGAAGCCUGUACGAUUUCGCCAGUGUUCUCGGAUCAGCAGCCGACGACGUGAAGUCCCUCGCAACCGACGUCAGUCUGUUCUGCGCUGUGCUGAAACAAGUCCAGUCUACGCUGGGUCGGGCCAAGGCAUAUCGACUCUCGUUGUCCGCGUUGGCUACGGCCCAGGAUGUCAUUGACCGAUGCAAGAUCAUCUUUGACGAGCUGGAUAAUGCUGUCACCAAACUACAGGGCGGCAAGUCCAAGCCCGACUUCUUGACCCGCGUGAAAUGGUACUUCAAGGAGAAAAGAGUCUCGCUUGUCCAUGAACAACUCAAAACCUGUGGAGCCACCCUGCAUCUAAUGCUCACUACACUGGUGCUCGCGCAAAAGAUUGCUAGCAGGCGUCACUCCGCGAUCGGGGAGGAUGAUCAAGACACCCAGGACCGAUUGAUGACGCAUUCCUUGUUCACGGCUCAACAAGCAGCUACGGAACGCCUGGCCACCGUCGAACGCCAGUUAUUGGCCGAAGAAGGGUCAGAAGAUCUGUUGUUGACAGCAUCGCCGGCUGAGGCCCAGCAAAGCGAACAAGCCUGGCUGGGUCAAAGACCACCCGAAGAAGCCAUGAAUAGCUUCAUGCACGGCAUAGAUGUACCUCGUUCUGGACAAGUUCGGCCUGUCUCAACCAUCAUAGGAGGACACGUCAACCGUCUUAGUCUCAUUCGAGACAAGCGAUACUCUCAUCUAGCAGGACUGGAUGAGCACCGUUACUCCAUUUUGCAGACGGAUGAACUGCUUCGACACUGGACCGAUCAGAGCGAUCCGCUUGCUGCAGAAUUUGGAUCGAGGCAGGAGCCCGAGGAUUCUGGCGAGCCGUAUCGCAAGACUCACGGUAGUCUAGUACCACCCAGGCAGGAUGCUGGGCUUUCGACGAAAGUUGAAAUGAGGCAAGAUCAAGAAGACGAAGACGAGCAAGAAGAAGAGGAGGAGGAAGAGGAGGAGGAAGAGGAAGGGAAAGAGGAAGGGAAAGAGGAGGAGAAGGAGGAGGAGGGAGAGGAAGGGAUAGAAGAAGAUGAAACGGCCCUCCCAGGUUCCCAGUCCGGCCGAAACGGUAAUGUCUUCUUUUCCGACGACCUAACUGAAAGCAAAAAGGACAACGGUAGCGGAGGCGAUGCGCCCUCUGUGGAUAUCUUCGGAUCUUUCCGUGUCGGACUAGAAGAUCCAUGUUAUAAAAUUCUCCCCGCCUGCCUCAGAAAGUACAACAUUCAGGCCGAUUGGCGUCGAUAUUCGUUGUAUAUCGUGUAUGGCGACCAGGAGAGGCAUGUGGAUUUGCAUGAGAAACCCCUCGCUCUAUUCAAGGAGUUGGACAAAGAGGGGAGGAAGCCGAUGUUUAUGUUGAGGAAGUUACCUACUAUAGUAACCGCCACCAUCAAUGAAGGGUAUUUCUAA